UUAUUUAAUUUGUUAUAGCAUAUUUUUAUCAUAGUAUAUUAGUAUUACACAUUUACACCUACCAAUACAAUUAAGUAUUUUCUUUUCAAAACAAAGAAAAUGAAAAUAAAUAUAAAUAAAAUAAUAAAUAAGAAAGAAAGGAAAAAAAAAAAAAGUCAUUGGUCUUCAUUCCAAACCCUUUUUAUAGGCUCUUCAGUUAAAAGACUUGAGACUUCCAAACAUUUCUUCUUCUCCUCUCUUUCUCUUGUCUCUCUUAUAAACCCAAACCCAUUUCUUUCAUUUUUCAUUUUUCAUUUUCAUUUUCAUUUUUCCUCUCCAAAAAAUAAAAUAAAAUAAAAUUAAAAAUCCAAAAAUCAUCUCGUAAAUGGACGGCAGAGGAUGGGGUCUUGCUCUUGAAUCAUCAUCAUCAUCACCGUCCGAUCUUCUCCACCACCACCACCACCACCUUCAUCACAAAAAACAUACCAUCAACAACAACAAGAAUAAUAAUCAGGUGUUCCAAAGCCUAGAAUUUCCAAUGAACCUCCACCGUCGAUCAUCCGAAGACGAUCAUGAUGAAGAAUAUGAUGAUCAAAACAAUAAGAAGAAAGUUGUUGGUGAAGUAGAUUUCUUCUCUGAUAAGAAGAGUAAUAAUAAUAAUACAGUACAUAGGUCUACAUCUUGUUCUGGUGCACCUCUAAAUCGUGUGAAAGAGGAGACUUGUUCUCGUGAUCAUCAUCAAUCUGCUACUGCUACUGCUACUCCUGCUCUUCCUGAUUCCGCACCUCUUCUCGAUAAUAAUAAUGUUAAUACUGGUUUACAUCUUCUCACCACUAAUACGGGAAGCAAUCAAUCUACGGUAGAUGAUGGUACUUCUUCGGAUGCAGAAGACAAAAGAAACAAAAAUGAGCUAGUAGUCCUUCAAGCUGAGCUACAACGUAUGAAUACUGAAAAUCAAAAGUUGAAAUCCAUGUUAAAUCAAGUGAGCAACAAUUACAAUACUCUUCAAAUGCACCUCGUAACUGUAAUGCAACAGCAGCAACAACAACAAAACCUUCGAAAGGGCGAAAAUUCGCAACAUGAGGCAAUUAUGCAAGGAAAGGCUGAGGAGAAGCCAAUGGUACCACGUCAAUUCUUAGACUUGGUUUCGGGUGCAAAUACUGAGACCGAUGAGCGAACGUCUCAAACCUUGUCGGAUGACGAGAGGACGGUCGAUCGCUCUGGCUCACCGUUAAACUCCAUGGAAGUAGCAUCAAGGGCUAACAAUAAGGAGUUGAACCUUGCUAAUUAUGAUAAUGGGAAGAGAAUAAGGGAAGAAAGUCCUGAAGGAUCGGACGCGCAAGGGUGGGGGCAUAAUAAGGUGCCUAAGUUGAUGAACAAUGUUGUCAAGCCUACUAGUCCUCCUGUGGAUCAAGCAGCAGCCGAGGCUACAAUGAGGAAAGCUCGUGUCUCAGUUCGAGCUCGAUCUGAAGCACCUAUGAUAAGCGAUGGAUGUCAAUGGCGAAAGUAUGGACAAAAGAUGGCGAAGGGUAACCCUUGCCCUAGAGCUUAUUAUCGGUGCACAAUGGCUGUUGGUUGUCCCGUCCGAAAACAAGUUCAAAGGUGUGCGGAGGACAGGUCAAUUCUGAUCACAACAUAUGAAGGGAACCACAACCACCCACUACCACCAGCAGCGAUGGCGAUGGCCUCGACAACCUCAGCAGCGGCGAGUAUGCUCCUCUCGGGAUCAAUGCCGAGUGGGGACGGGUUUAUGAACCCGAAUUUCCUAGCUAGGACCAUACUUCCAUGCUCAUCAAGUAUGGCUACAAUAUCAGCUUCAGCGCCUUUUCCAACUGUUACGUUGGACUUAACCCAUUCACCAAACCCUCUUCAAAUGAGGCAAUCAGUUCCUCAAACAAAUGGCCCUUUCCAAGUACCAUUUCAACCUCAAACUUCCCAAGUGGGGCCCAAUUUUUUGGGCUCAAUUCCUCAAAUAUUUGGUCAAGCUUUGCUAAAUUCUAAUAAUAAUAACAACCAAUCAAAAUUUUCUGGUCUACAAACUACGUCUCCCCAAGGGUUGGACGCUUCACACUUGCAACACCCUAACCAAAACCCGGCUUUCGCUGACACUCUGAACGCAGCCACUGCUGCCAUCGCCAACGACCCGAAUUUCACAGCUGCACUGGCGGCUGCCAUCUCGUCGAUCAUCGGUGGGGCACGUGCCCCGGCCGAAAACAAUAAUGCCGCUGGUGAUGCCACUACUAGUGGGAACAAUGCUAAUAACGUCACUACAAGUAGUAGCAUGCAACAACAAUAGAAAGGCAACAAAAGGAGGCAGUUAUGCAAAUAGACAAAUAUUAUUACCUUGAUAAUAUGUUGCUUUGUGUUUAGCUAAACUUUUAUUUUUUAUUUUUUUGGCCUUUAUCUUUUGGUUUAGUAUAUUACUUAUCAUAGUAGUUCUUAGGAAAAGGAUAAGAAUGAGGUAAAAAAAUGUUCAUAUACUUUUUUUUUUCUUUUCAUUUUUCCUUUUUUUUUCUCUCUAGUAGGUCUUUGAGAAGAAGACAAGUUCAUUCUUUAAUCACAUCAUUAUUUUGUUUUUGAAUAAUUUAUCCCAUUUUCGGAUAAAUAUAUAUGAGAUAUACAAAUUUAAGUUAA